GGAGGAACCCGUGGGAGGCUCGGACGCGUAACCAGCCGAGCUCUGCUCCGCUCCGCCGCGCUGCUCCGCUCUCCUCGAACACCCGCGCCUGACCCGAGAGACUUCAGUAAGCUCGGAGCUUUCAACCGGUCCAUCACGGCUCCACGGCGAGCUCCCCGCUCCGGUAUCCGCGGCGCGAAACGUACACGCCGCAGCGAGCCCCACGUCUUCCACGGGGUGCCACCCGGCCCAGCCUCCAAGAAAUCCCACGAGAUUGAAACGAAACGAAAACCGUUCGGGGUAGACUGGAGGUGGAGAUGAAGAUAGAAAGAGGGUGAGCGGGAGGAACAGAGACUGUGUGCUCCAGCGAGCUGAUCCUCAAGUAUGACAGACCGAGAGGGUGGUGCUUGGGGGGUGAGUCGCGGGCUGCCGAAUUGGUCGAGGAUCUUCCCGAGAUCGACGCGACUUGGCGAUAAUUACUAAUCGCUCUCUAGCCAACGGCGUCGGUCCAUCCAAGACCUUUGGUUCUUCCAACUUCUCUAUUUUUCUCGCUGAGUGAGACGACCCCGCCGGCGAAGGAAGGAUGAAAACGAGGAAGAGGGCCGUUUCGCGAGGACACGCGGUCCGAUGCGGUCUCGAACUUUGGGCCGCGCGCUGAUCCUGCCGCGAAAUCGCGAAAUCGUCCUCGUUGAUUCGGUGCUGUGGAAGUGGGCCUUUUUAUUCGGCUCCGACGACGUGGGGAAAAUGGAAGUCCUCCAGGUGGGGAGGCGAUGAUCUCGCUCCCGGAAGUAGCUCCCGCAAAUCCUGUUGGUCUUUCUAUCUAUCUCUCUCUCUCUCUCUCUCUCUCUCUCUUUCCCUCUCUCUUUCUCUCUUUUUCCGAGAUUCACGUCGAUCGCGCGUGGUCUCGCAUCUUGUCGCGUGAUCUUGCCGCGACCUCGGCGGAGGCCGCGCAGCGAGGGAGCCUCUAAUCACCGCGGUAAUUUGCGCGCUAAUUAGAUAACGACACGCGCCGCGGUCGGUGCUUGCGUGGGAAGUGACCGCGAGACGGUCGGCGAGGUGGGAAAAUCGGAUGGCGUCUGCGGCCGCGCGACUGUCGAACGCGGCAUCACCCGAACCUAGUGCAAACGUGUGCCGUCGGGUGUAUAGCGGACAUAUCGAGCGAACCUAAUCAAGUGAGGGAAAAAAAAACUACGCGGGCUACGUCCGCGCGUCUGCGUGAUCGCAGGUGCUCCCGAAUUCUCGCGAAACUCCGAACUUCCCUCAGCGAUCAACGACUUCCCGGCCCGUCCAGAAUAACGUGGAAGGACGCUGCGUCUGAUGCAGAUUAACGGAAGAUCAUCCAGUUAGCUUCGGUGUGUGCAAAGUAAUCUCGCAGGAUCCUCGAGAUCGUUGAGAGGAUCGCCUAACCCUUCCGACCUGUCGAGGGCGACGUGGGAAGGUGUGCGAUUUUCACGUGUGCCCGUGUUGAAAAAAAAUAGUGACGCGCGGUCGGGGAGAAUGCCACGGCCUGCUAAGGGACGAUGAUGUCUGCCCGAUACGGUGGCCGUCAACGAAGGACUCGAUCGUCCAUGGAGACGAGCCCUCAUGUGCGUGAAGAAAUCGCGAAUGACAUUUUGCAGGAGUGAUGGCUAUUCCGGGCCGGGCACGCGGGUGUGCUGCGCUCACAAGAAGACACUCCUUGGGAAUGCUUCUCUGCCGCAGAUUCGAGUUUGCGGUGCUCGCAAAGGCGCAUGCAAGUGCCGGAAAGCAAAGGGGCAACGAGACGUGAAGCUUCCUCAUUCGCACGGCUCUCGUAGCGAGCAUAACUGAACGUUCCUAUUGCGCUCGAUGCACGUUACAUUAAGCUCAAGGUGAUAUGGAAGCAGAAGACGAAGUGGAUGAUGAGUUGUCGGAGGCCGCCGACACGGAAGUAAUUAAACAAUUUGCAUUAAUGCUUUCGUCGCGUUGUAACCGUGCAGCUACGUUUCGACAAUAUGUCUGAACAAAUUAAGGAAUGUUUUUGACGACGUCGGAGUUAUUUUCAAAAAUUAUGUGUGAGAGAAGAGGAGUUCGUGUAAAAGAGGAAGGCAAUAAAUUACAUUUCGAAUUUACACGUUGCCGCAUAGAAAAGAAUCAAUCCGUCCAAAUCCGGAUGCUGCUCUUGACGUAACGACGGAAGUCGCACAGUUAUCGCGCGCGCGCGCGCGAUUUCCUGACCGCACAUUACAUGUCGCGAGCUAACUCGGACGAAUCAGGCGAAUCACAACAACAACAUCGAGAGCUUCGAGACAAUGAAGAUCUCGACUAAGCCGGUGUCCUCGCGGACCCCGGAGAAGGACGAGUGUCCUUUGGUGCGCUCGUUCAAUCCCCAGGAAUCGCAACGUGCAGCCAAUCCCGCCGACGACAGUCCCGAAACACUCAAAACGUCCGCGCGACCAGAAUCAAAAAUAGUACCCCUAAGUACAAGUACAAAGACUGACGUGAAGGAGGGCAGAUUAUGCAGGAGCAAGAAGGUCAGCUGCCAAGACACCAUACACGAAUACGACGAGGACGACAACCUCACCAUAGACAGAGUCGGCAGGUACCUGGAGACACAUCCCGCUCUAGUAGAGACGUGGCUGCGGGAGAAUGCGAGCCUCCAGCUUCGACAACGAUUGCAGAGCACAUGUAUACAACAGCAAACGAGAGCACCGAGCACGUCAUCGAGCGUGCAUCAAGAGGAAAGUCUCCUCCUCGGACACGGCAAACGCAACAGCGUCACGUCCGAUCUCUUUCAAACUUGGCUGGCUUCGAGUUCACCCGCGAAGCGCAGCAAGAGUCCCAACAGGACUCACAGCUUGUUGAUGGGUCGUCGCGAAGAGCUGGGCCGGCUGGACGAGAGCGACCUGUUCAUGGAGCUAAUCCGGGAUGUGGCAAACGAGCUCGACAUCAACGUGCUCUGCCAUAAGAUCCUGGUGAACGUCGGCCUACUCACCCACGCCGAUCGCGGCAGCCUGUUCCUGGCGAAGGGACCCUUAGAGGAUCGGUACCUGGUGGCGAAGCUAUUCGACGUCACCCAGGACACCGAACUCGAGGAGGCCGUACAACGGGCUAAGAACGAGGAGAUUAAGAUACCGUUCGGAGUCGGUAUCGCCGGUUACGUGGCGCAGACUAAGGAAAUUAUCAACAUCACGGACGCUUACAAGGAUCCGAGGUUCAACAGCGCCAUCGACAUGCGGACUGGGUACAAGACGACGCUGAUCCUGUCGAUGCCUAUCUGCAACUACGAGGGCGACGUCAUCGGAGUUGCUCAGAUCAUCAACAAAACGAACGGCAGCAACGAGUUCACCGAGAGGGACGUCGAGGUGUUCCAAAGAUACCUCACCUUUUGCGGCAUUGGGAUACAGAACGCACAAUUGUUCGAGCUGUCCGUGCAGGAGUACAGGCGCAAUCAGAUACUCCUCAACCUGGCGAGGAACAUAUUCGAGGAGCAGAACAAUCUCGAGUGCCUUGUCACGAAGAUCAUGACCGAAGCGAAGGAGUUGCUCAAGUGCGAGAGAUGCGCCGUUUAUCUGCUGGAUUUGGACUGCGGCGAGGCAGGCCAUCUCGAGAAAAUCGUCGAGCGGCCCGGGAAAUCGGUGCAAGAGAGCAGAAAGCCGCUGUCGAGGCGAGAGGCGGCUCAGAGCAACAACAUCGACAUGGAGGACAUUAUGCAGCAGCACACAUCCUCCGACGGCAACAAAUUCACCAUGGUCUUCGAGAUGGAGAACGAGACGCAAGAAGCCCGAGUCUAUCGGCCAAAUACGAGCGACCUAUCGAGCUCGUUGGGACAAAUCGCGAGGUACAUCGCCGCUACGGGCCAAAUCCUUAACAUCGGCGACGUCACCACAUGGCUGAAGAAGGAUGUGAUGGAGAGCGGGAGAGAACCGAUCAGGAGUAUUCUCUGCAUGCCGAUCGUCAACGGGCAGAGAAUCGUCAUCGGGGUCGCCCAGUUAAUCAAUAAGGACAACGGCACGUCGUUCACCGACUCAGACGUCUCGAUAUUUGAGGCGUUCGCCAUCUUCUGCGGCCUCGGCAUCCACAACACGCAGAUGUACGAGUCCGCCUGCAAGCUGAUGGCAAAGCAAAAGGUGGCCCUCGAGUGUCUCAGCUAUCAUGCGACUGCCAACAACGACGACGCUCUGAGGUUGACCUCCGAUCUCAUACCGUCCGCGGAAACAUUCAACCUCUACAGUUUCACUUUCAUCGACUUCGAUCUCACAGACGAGGACACGUGUCGUGCCACUAUCAGGAUGUUCAAACAGUGCGAUCUGAUACAGAAAUUUCAUAUACCGUACGAUGUCCUGUGCCGAUGGAUUCUCAGUGUGAAGAAAAAUUAUAGACCGGUAAAGUACCACAACUGGAGGCACGCGCUGAACGUCGCGCAAACGAUGUUCGCGAUGUUGAAAACCGGCAGAAUGGAGCAGUUCAUGACCGACUUGGAAAUUUUGGGACUGCUGGUGGCUUGUCUUUGUCACGAUCUGGACCACCGCGGCACCAACAACGCCUUUCAAACGAAAACGGAAUCACCGUUGGCGAUCCUCUACUCGACGAGUACAAUGGAGCAUCAUCACUUCGACCAAUGCGUCAUGAUUCUCAAUUCCGACAGCAACAACAUCUUUCAAAGCCUCUCGAUGGAGGAUUACAGGCGAGUGAUGAGGGUCGUGGAGAGUGCUAUCUUGUCGACCGACUUGGCGAUGUACUUCAAGAAGAGGAAUCGCUUUAUGGAGGUGAUCGACGAAGGCGAAUUCGACUGGCAAAGCGAAGAGAAGAAAGAAUUACUGUGCGGCAUGAUGAUGACGGCCUGCGACGUGAGCGCCAUAGCGAAGCCCUGGGAGGUGCAGCAUCGCGUGGCGAAGCUGGUGGCCGACGAGUUCUUCGACCAAGGUGACUUGGAGCGCCUCCAGCUGAACCAACAGCCGGUGGCGAUGAUGGACCGCGAGAGGCGAGACGAGCUGCCGCAAAUGCAGGUUGGCUUCAUCGACGUGAUCUGCCUGCCGCUUUACAAAGUCAUGUCGGAGACGUUCCCAUGGAUACUGCCGCUCUACGAGGGCACGAUGGAGAACAGGAAGCACUGGCAAGAUCUCGCGGAGAAGGUCGAGAUGGGGCUCACGUGGAUCGACCGCGACACGAUCGAGGAGCCGGUGGAAGAAUUCGUCUCCUACGAGCCCAAAGACAUCGAAUUCACGGUCACGACUCUGAACUGCGCCCACGCCGACAAGAAAGAAGUGCCGGACAAGUCGGCGUUCGGCAAGUUCGCCUCGCUGAGGAAAGGCGGUCGUACGUUGAGCAAGGGUGUCCGACAUCGUAUCAGCAGGUCGCUCUAUGCCCGCAGCAGCUCCGAGGACGCCGGCAAGUCGAAGGCGUUGCUGCCGGAGCGGAAGAAUCGAAACAAGCUGUGCCUGCUCAUUUGACGGCUAACUUCGACGACGCUCGAGAGCAUACCGGAGUAAUGGCUACACAACAUGGCGAUACUUGGAAACGAGUAUUUAGUUACACACGUCGCAGCUUCCAGGCCGUGGAGGACGGACAGCCUUUAACGUUAGAAUCGCCUGCGAAGUUCGACGGGUGAGAUCGCGGCUAUCAUUGAGCGUAAAGAACUUUAGGGUGACCUAGAAGUGGCUCUUUACGACGAUAACAGACAAUAGCCGGUGGUGAAAGCGUGAAUUGCAAGACGGAGAAACCGCCGUCUGCUUGGUUAACACGCGAGGAUCACUGUCGAAGGAUACUACAAUUAGAUAAAUCGUUCGAAGAGGGUUUGAAGUUACUUUUACAGAAGCGGAGUACUUACGGGAAAUGAAUCCUUAACAAGAACUCUCUGGCCAGAAAGAUAAAUAGAUAGAUAGAUAAAUAGAUAGAGAAAGAGAGGAAAAAAAGAGAGAAUGGUGAUCGAGGAAAUGAUCAUACCACGACUAUUUUACAGUCCAGAAUAAUCAUUCGAUAAGAUCAUCAGUCGAUUGAAAUGAAAGGAAGAACGAGCAACGGAAAUAAGUAACGUUGAGUUUCGCAACUCGUGAGAACCGAGUGCUCGAGACGAGUUUAAUUGAAUUGGAUAAUGGAGAUGAAGAGAGAUUGCCAAUAUCGGCGAAGAGACGGUUACUAAGCCGAAAAGUGUUUCGAUUGCAGAGGAUGAGCGAGGAGCUAACCAAAGUAGAUCCAAAGAUAAACGAGAGCCCGAAAUUUCGAUCGAGUUGUCGAGAAAUCAGUUGACUGUUCAAUUGUAGAAACAGAAACGAGUAAAAAAAAAAGAGUACUUGCGUAACAACCACCUCCUCCGGGGAUCGUUCCUAGAAAAGGAUUCGUACUCGAGGAAGAUAUUUUAUCGAUUCCGACGUACAUAUUCUCCGCGGUACCAUUACCAAAAGUAGAAAGCCGACGAAUCAAAAUAGCGAAACGACAACGCUAAUGGCAAACCUUCGCGACGUAAGGACGUAGAAGCAUGCACCCCAAAAAAGGGGGAACAGCAGGAGAAGGAAGGGCAGGAGGAAAAAGAAGCAAAAGAGCUCUCCAAAUUUCUCGGAGUGAAAUAUCACGCAAAACGAAUGAAAAGUGGCAGUACUUUCACGCGAAGUAAUGGUGAACUGUCGCUCAAAAUCGCACGAGUGAAUGUUUCCUUCGAGUGAAUUCUGCGGCCAUAUGAAUAAAUGUUUCAAUCGAUCGUGGUGCGGCAGAAUCAUUCUUCAAUUUCGAGUGGAAAUAUUCACUGGGCGAUUCAGAGUGGAGAGUUCACUCUAUACGAGCGAAAAACCACUCGAAUUCGAGUGUAUUGGUGGUCAAUCUACUCUUUGAGUAAAGUUUCACUCCAGGAAAUUUAAAGGGAAGGAAAGAGAAAACCUAAGGAAAGGGAGAGAUGAUCUCACACACAUCGGAUCCCGAGAAGACUGUUGGCUGUAGGUUUUAAGGCGAUAACAUGUAGAGGGUAUUUGCGUAAAACAUGUACAUUUAGUCGAUGGCUAGGUAGUUAGAACACGGUCGGUCGUUGCACCUCACAACGACAUUGCUCAUAAUCGCAAUUGUAGAGCGCGAGGGAGUGUGCUGUGUGUGCAUGUGAACGUCGUGACGUCGGGGCGUCGGAUGACGAGUUCCAUUUUGACAAUCUUUUUGUAUCACAUCUCGAUAUCUCCUAGGUUAUAGUACAUAUACAUAUAUAUGUAUAUACAUAUAUACAGUUCGGAGGACAAGAAAGGAUGGAGGUAACACGUGCUUACGGAUUGCAAGGAUACGUGCGAAGACGAAGGACUCGCGAAUAUGCUGCUCCAUGAUAUGCAUGAAUUUUCACGAGGAAUAAGCGCCAAUUGUACCGUAUCGUGCACAUUUCCCGUUUCGCAGGCAACCGACGCGGUUUUAAGGUAAACGAGAAAGUUGCUCAAGUCACUUUAAGUAAAUAAGUUUCAAGCAUUUCGGAUCUUAGGAAAGUUUUCAAAGAAAAAGAGAGAGAGAGAGUUAACACAUAUUUUGUAAGCGAGCAAUCUCGAGCAAAUCUGAAGCGUUUUAAAUUUUCUAGAUAACGGGCUCCCCGUCUCAUUAAGUGAGCAGAUCGUUUUGAAUUUUCUGCAAAGAUCUUGAAUCGUCACGUCCCUGUAACGUUUUAAUUUUUUUCUAUCUGAGGAAGAUACACAAAAUUCUCCGUGUGCUUUUUCUCCGAGAAACUUAGAACUGACUUGGGUAGUCGGGAAAUAUACGAUCCUCACAUUUCCCAACGUAUGAUAACGGGAUCUCGCUGUAUAACGAAAUCGUGAGAAUCGUUCUGCGUUUGCAGUUUCAGCGUGAAUCUCUUGCUUUGUCGAGUGCGGUCUUGCGUUUUAUGGGAGUAAUUACGGAUCGGGAAAUCGACUUUGAAUAUUAACUGAAAAGUAUUCUCUUAAAGUGAAUCAGUGAAAAUAUUUCCGAUUGAAUCAGCAAAAGGAGUAUUUCACUGAUAAUCAGUGAAUAUUCGCUGAUUUUCAGUGGAAUCACUGCCACUUUACUGUCCCGUCUUGUAUCUCACUGAUUUUGAUCAAUGGAAAUGAGAUUUCGUUACAGUCUCUGUACAAAUUCGUUGCAUCAUUGGUUACAAGUGUAGCAUCCGAGAGAGGAAUGCACUGAUUCAUGAUUGCGAAUAAUUAACUACUUUUUUAAUUAAUUAUCAUGUUUAAUUGACGAGUAAUAUGAGCUAAUUCAAAUGAAGACCGUUUAGUUGACGAUUGAUUUCAACAAAUUCAAUCGAAAAUCGUUCGAUUGACGAUUGGUUUUAACGAAUUCACUUGAAGACCGUUCAAUUAACGAUUGAUAUGAACAAAGUGAACCAAGGAACCGUUUAGUUAAUAAUUAAACUUGGUAAAUUUAAUUAAAAGACAACUGACGCUCAACUGACGAUUGAACUCAACAAAUUUAAUUAAAGAACGUUCAAUUAACGAUUGAUAUGAACGAAGUGAACCAAGGAACCGUUUAGUUAAUAAUUAAACUUGGUAAAUUUAAUUAAAAGACAACUGACGCUCAACUGACGAUUGAACUCAACAAAUUUAAUUAAAAAACGUUUAAUUGACGAUUGAUAUGAGCAAAAUCAGUCAAUUCAAUCAAUUAUUGCUCAGUGACAAUUGAUAUGCUCCUUUAAAUACAGGUCCUGCUCAAUCAUUGGUAUUUUCCACAAUGCCACAAAGCUCUGAGAAUUGAAUAUUAUCCGCGAAACCAAUUGUAACCUUGAGCAAUCAAACGCUUUUCAAUUGGAUUGACUGAAUUUGCUCAAUCGUCAAUUAAACAUCUUUUAAUUAAAUUUGCUAAGUUCAAUUGUUAAUUGAACGUUCCUUGAUUCUCCUUCGUUCAUAUCAAUCGCCGACUGAACGGUCUUUAAUUGGAUUCGUUGAAAUAAGUCGUCAAUUAAACAUUCUUCGGUUGAUUUGGCUUCAAUCAAUUAGAUAAAUUAAAACGUAUUUGCUCAAAUCGCUCGUAUUGCGACUCCGAUCUUUCUUUCAACAAAAAUCAGUGCGCGAUAAUUGACUCCCAUGGUUUCCUUUUUCUCUUGUAGUUUCUUUCCUUUUCUUGUAUUCCUUUUUAUCCUUUUCUUGUAUUCCUCAAACGACAUUUAAUGCAUCGGAUUGUCGUGUAAAAAUUAUUAAAUUGAGAAAAAUUUAACUAAUCAUUUUCACAGCUCGGCACUGAUUGUACUUUAAAGAGUACAGAAUUAUGAGGUAAUCGGGCUCGCACUUGCGAUUUACACUCCCCUGAUAGCAUCGAGAUGCUCGGGAGGAAGCGUUUAUUCUCGCGCGCUCAAUCCGCUAUACUUUCUCCGUAGCGCGACUUUUUAACUCUAAUCCAAUUCAUUCUCCGAUGCCAUCGCUUGUACGUGUGUACGUAACGAUCGUGGGUACAUAGCGAGCGGCACUUUAGCGUGUCCGUGAUGGUAAUCAGUGCUCGUAAACGGAGGCAAUGAUCGGAUUAACUCAUGCACGCACGCACGCACGCAACAAACAAAGCGUAAUCCGUGACGCAAGCAUGAUCGCGAGUCCACCGAUUAUUUCCAGUUCGAGUUUUGUAUAUUGACUCCCUUCGCGGAAGAUUGGCAAACGCGAAUCGCGCAGUUCGUGCUAUCUUUUUCAUACACUGACAGAAAUUAUUCGACAAAAAAUUAUCAAAUAAAUAUUUUCGAUCAAAAUCCGAUCAGGAAAUGUCCGACGAGAAAUUCUCAAAUUUUUUAUCGGUUUAUCUGACAAAAUAUUGUUAUGAUCGGAAGUGUCCGAUUAAAUUUAAUCAGACACUCAGACAUAAAAAUUGAUCGGAAUUUGACCGGAAAUGUCCGUUUGACAAUCUCUUGUCGAAUAAUUUCUCUCUCAGUGUUCGUUUCCAUUCCAUCCAUUCGUUUUGUGCGCGUCUUAGUCGGACGCGACUCCGAUUUUUCGACAAAAAUCAGUGCGCGAUCAUUGAGUCUCGUGGUUUCCUUUUUCUUUUAUAGUCUCUUUCUUUUUUUAUCCUUUUCUUGUAUUCCUCAAACGACGCUUAACGCAUCGGAUCGUGUGAAAAGCCAAUAUGAGGCGCGAUUGGUCAUACAUAUUAACAGAAUUUCUCGAAAACGCAUCGUGUGUGGGUGUGUGUGUGUGUGUGCUUUCGGCCGAGUCUGAGAAUUAAAGCAACACGAGAGUGAGACUGGUUUCUAGUCUUUUGAUAUAGCUGCGAAUCAAUAUGCCUAUCAGAAAUUGUUGCACAUGGUUAAAUAAAAUCUGGAUGUGCUCAAAAAGAGUGUGUCGUUAAUUACUUCAUUCAUUUGAAGUCCUUAGAGAUGACGUAAGUUCAUAUGACGCUCCCGCUUAGUCCUUAGAUAAGAGAUGGAAAAUAACAUCGAGCUCUCAUUGCAGUACUAAUUGCAGUAUCAUAGGUAAAAAGUAAUAUCGGGCUCUCACUGGAACAUUGUUACUUUCUCAACCGCGAAUACCAAUUUCCUUUCCAUCACCAUGAUCGCGUUCACGUGGCGAUGCGAUCCUUGAUUCGUCUAGACGACAUCCCAGGGGUCGAUUUAUCCAACCUCUUGCUAAGCUAACUGACAGUUAAAUCUUAUAUCUAUUUCUACCUAAUUUAAAGGAAAAACAAAGACAGACGUAUGAGUUAACU